AUGGAAGGACGAAGGAGUGGUCAAGAUCAUGAGCGAGGGACUAGACAAGCCCAAUUUUACGGGGAUGAUCAGGGAUCAGCAACUGGACCAACCCAAGGACAAGAGAAUGUAGAGGGUAACCAAGUGGCUACUGCCAUUAAUAGGAUGAUUGAUAGCCUUGAAUGGUUAGUUGAGAGACAGGGUCCAGAACCACUUAACCAACCUGGAGGACAGGACAGAGGGGAAGAUAGAACCUUGGAGAGGCUCCUAAAAUUUAACCUACCUAAGUUCACUGGUAAAUCUGAUCCUGAGGUAAAGGAGAAUUGGUUGGAGAGGAUGAUCAACAUAUUUGCCGCUUUAGACUAUACCAAAGAUAGGCGAGUGAAUUUUACUGCUUUCCAAUUUAAGGGAGUAGCACGUGCCUCGUGGGACGUGAUAAAGGGAAAGUGGGAGAGAGUCCAAACCCCUUGGAUUUGGGAGAAUUUCACGAGGGAGUUUAAUGAGAGAUUCCUUCCGCCGCUAAUCCAAGAGAAACAGGAGGACGAGUUUAUAAAGUUGAAACAAGGAACUCUUAGUUUAGCUGAGUAUGAAGGGAAAGCUUUCUAA